AUGAACCCAACCAAGAUCAUUUCUCACCUCGUGCUCAUUGCGGCUGCAAUGGGGUCGUUCGCGGAAGCUGGCACGUACAGCCACGAGACCCAAAGCCACGACGUCUCGAAUGAAGACGUUGACCAAGAUUCCGCCGGUCCACGCAGCGUGAAUCCUGCUGUGGCUCCGGCCACUGCACGUACACCGUCCACUGGCAACGAUUUCCCAACAGCGUCUCUGUCCGAACGGGACAGCAACAAACACGACGUCUCCUCACCCACAGCUACACGAGUGGCGGUACCUCUAGCAGUGGCAGCACCACAACUAGAGGUGGAGCUAGUGCUGGCGCAGCAGGCGGUGCUAGCGGCGGUGCUGGCGGUGGAGUUGCCACCGGUGGUGCCGGUGGCGGUUUCUCGCGGGGCAACGGAGGCAUCGGCGGCGCAGCUGGAGGAGGUAUUGGAGGAAGUGUCGGCAUUGGAGGCGGCCUUGGAGGUGCUGCUGGUGUCGGUGGCGGUCUCGGUGGCGGGAUUGGAGGAGGUGUCCGAGGAAGUAUCGGCAUUGGAGGUGGCCUUGGUGGUGCUGCUGGUCUCGGUGGCGGGAUUGGAGGAGGUGUCCGAGGAAGUAUCGGCGUCGGAGGCGGCCUUGGUGGUGUCGGCAUUGGAGGCGGCCUUGGAGGUGCUGCUGGUGUCGGUGGCGGUCUCGGUGGCGGGAUUGGAGGAGGUGUCCGAGGAAGUAUCGGCAUUGGAGGCGGCGUCGGGGUCGGCGUCGGAGGUGGGCUUGGAGGUGCGGCUGGUGCCGGUGGCGGAGCUGGUGUCCGAGGAGUUGCCGGCGUCGGAGGCGGCAUUGGUGGUGUCGGCGGCGUCGGCGUCGGCGUCGGAGGAGGUGCCGGCGUCGGCGGUGCGGCUGGCGUCGGUGGCGGAGCUGGUGUCCGAGGCGGGCUUGGAGGUGCGGCUGGUGUCGGUGGCGGAGCUGGUGUCGGAGGAGGUGCCGGCGUCGGCGGUGCGGCUGACGUCGGUGGUGCGGCUGGCGUCGGUGGCGGAGCUGGUGUCCGAGGCGGGCUUGGAGGUGCGGUUGGUGUCGGUGGCGGAGCUGGUGUCGGAGGAGGUGCCGGCGUCGGCGGUGCGGCUGGCGUCGGUGGCGGAGCUGGUGUCCGAGGCGGGCUUGGAGGUGCGGUUGGUGUCGGUGGCGGAGCUGGUGUCGGAGGAGGCGCCGGUGUCGGCGGUGCGGCUGGCGUCGGUGGCGGAGCUGGUGUCCGAGGCGGGCUUGGUGGUGCGGCUGGUGUUGGUGGCGGAGCUGGUGUCGGAGGAGGUGCCGGCGUCGGCGGUGCGGCUGGCGUCGGUGGCGGAGCUGGUGUCCGAGGCGGGCUUGGUGGUGCGGCUGGUGUUGGUGGCGGAGCUGGUGUCGGAGGAGGUGCCGGCGUCGGCGGUGCGGCUGGCGUCGGUGGCGGAGCUGGUGUCCGAGGCGGGCUUGGAGGUGCGGCUGGUGUCGGUGGCGGAGCUGGUGUCGGAGGAGGUGCCGGCGUCGGCGGUGCGGCUGACGUCGGUGGUGCGGCUGGCGUCGGUGGCGGAGCUGGUGUCCGAGGCGGGUUUGGAGGUGCGGUUGGUGCCGGUGGCGGAGCUGGUGUCGGAGGAGGUGCCGGCGUCGGCGGUGCGGCUGGCGUCGGUGGCGGAGCUGGUGUCCGAGGCGGGCUUGGAGGUGCGGCUGGUGUUGGUGGCGGAGCUGGUGUCGGAGGAGGUGCCGGCGUCGGCGGUGCGGCUGGCGUCGGUGGCGGAGCUGGUGUCCGAGGCGGGCUUGGAGGUGCGGCUGGUGUCGGUGGCGGAGCUGGUGUCGGAGGAGGUGCCGGCGUCGGCGGUGCGGCUGACGUCGGUGGUGCGGCUGGCGUCGGUGGCGGAGCUGGUGUCCGAGGCGGGUUUGGAGGUGCGGUUGGUGCCGGUGGCGGAGCUGGUGUCGGAGGAGGUGCCGGCGUCGGCGGUGCGGCUGGCGUCGGUGGCGGAGCUGGUGUCCGAGGCGGGCUUGGAGGUGCGGUUGGUGUCGGUGGCGGAGCUGGUGUCGGAGGAGGUGCCGGCGUCGGCGGUGCGGCUGGCGUCGGUGGCGGAGCUGGUGUCCGAGGCGGGCUUGGAGGUGCGGUUGGUGUCGGUGGCGGAGCUGGUGUCGGAGGAGGUGCCGGUGUCGGCGGUGCGGCUGGCGUCGGUGGCGGAGCUGGUGUCCGAGGCGGGCUUGGAGGUGCGGUUGGUGUCGGUGGCGGAGCUGGUGUCGGAGGAGGUGCCGGCGUCGGCGGUGCGGCUGGCGUCGGUGGCGGAGCUGGUGUCCGAGGCGGGCUUGGAGGUGCGGCUGGUGUCGGUGGCGGAGCUGGUGUCCGAGGAGUUGCCGGCGUCGGAGGCGGCGUUGGUGGUGUCGGUGGCGUAG